UGUGAUGUUUUGUCGCCCUCUCAUGGUGACAUUGUGAACGACAACAAGAAACACCCCGGAACUGGAGGUGGACACGGCUCUGACCCGUAGUAGAUGCACAAAUGAAGAUGCCGGAUGCUCGUUGGUUAUGUUUACUGCUUUUGGUAUUAGUUUUCCGUUCGGGGACACCGGCAGAGGUGUCCGUAUGGGACGUGGACAUCAACUCGACACAAGAUGCGGUGUUUCGGAAGACGUUGUACACCAACACCACUAUCUUCAUAAAGUUUCAGGGUGACACAAGGUCAUGUGACAGAAACCUGGCGUUCAACAUCAGCUGGUAUCUGCGCUCUUCUGUUUGCUACAAUGAGGUCUUUAACACACCAGACAAUAAAGCCAUGAAUAUGUUUGGUAUGGAUCACAUGCUGAAAGACGACUGGAAGGGCUUCUACAGUCAGGGCUACAUGUACUUCGACAACUGCUCUUCCCUCUUCUUGCCAAAGGUGUAUUAUGCUGACUUCAACCCAUAUCUGCCCCUCACUAGCCCACAGAGCGACCCAUCAAAUCAGAGCGUUUGGUGGCAUGAGAAGCCAGGCAUCAGUGCAGUGGCCAAAGCCUGGAAGGACAGUCCCUAUCUGUUCAUAGUGAAGGUGCAGCCGUUGUUCAGAGGAAUUGAGGAUGACGACAUCAGAGCCGAGCAGCUCAACUUUGCCUUUACUAUGAAAGUGGAAAUGAAGGGGCCACAUGACUACUCCUCCCCAGCAGACUGGCCCCUGAUGAUAUUCUUCAUGGUCAUGUGCAUUGUGUACGUGCUGUUCGGGGCUCUCUGGCUCUUCUGGUGCGCCUGCUACUGGAGGGAUCUGCUGCGGAUCCAGUUCUGGAUCGGCGCCGUCAUCAUCCUCGGCAUGCUGGAAAAAGCCGUGUUCUACUCCGAAUACCAGAGCAUCCGUUACAGAGGAGAUUACGUUCAAGGUGCUGUGAUUUUUGCUGAGCUGCUCUCUGCACUCAAAAGAUCUCUAGCUCGAAUUUUGGUCCUCAUUGUCAGCCUUGGCUAUGGCAUAGUCAAGCCUAGGUUGGGCACCACAGUGAACCGACUGGUGGCUGUGGGGCUUUUCUACCUGCUCUUCUCCUGUGUGGAGGGUGUGCUGAGAGUGACAGGUGGUUUCUAUGGGAAAGUUGCCCUGGUGGCUAAUCUCAGCCUCUCUCUUACUGACUCCUGUGUCAUGUGGUGGAUUUUCAUCAGUCUUUCUCAAACUACUCGUCUGUUGAAGCUCCGCAGAAAUGUGGUGAAGCUUUCUUUGUAUCGGCACUUCACCAACACUCUCGUCUUUUCUGUUGUCGCUUCCAUUAUAUUCAUCAUCUGGACCACCAAAGUCUUUAAGCUGGUAGACUGCCAGACGGGUUGGAGGGACUUGUGGGUAGAUGAUGCUUUCUGGCGCCUCCUGUUCUCCACCAUUUUGCUGGUGAUCAUGGUGCUGCUGCGGCCUUCCGCUAACAGCCAGAGGUUCUCCCAUUCCCCUCUGAUUGAUGAAGACGAUGAAGAGGAGGAGGCCAAGGAGCCCAUGCUGAAUGAAGCUUUUGCGGGGAUGAAGAUGAGAGGCUCAAAGCCUGACACUAAUGGCUCAGUGAAGCUGUUGAGUAAAGAGGAUGAAGACCUAAAAUGGGUUGAAGAGAACAUUCCUACAACUGUUGCUGAUGUAACUUUGCCUGUGAUGCUAGAUGAGGAAGAGGAAAUCUUGAAAACCAAGAUGGAGCGAUCCAAAAUGGAGUAGAGAUCAAUCCAAGGAGAUGUAGAUGAUGUGAGAAUGAAAGGAAAACAAUUUGACUGAGGCUGUAAUGAAUGCAUUCUGAGUGAUGUGAUGGGCAAAAGCAACAGUACUCUCUAGAUACUACAUUUUUAAAAAUUUAAUUUCAUAGGUAAUGUGUACACAAUAAGCUCAAAGAAACAUGAGUUUUAUUAUUACUAUUAUGUGGUAAUGUGCAGGCCCGAGUUGGAUGGAUUGGCUGUUGACGUCUAGACCAGCAUUCAGGGACCGUGGUGAAACUGAAGGAAUUACACAGCAGAGCACUUUAAUACAUAUUUAAUUUGUUUCAAAUGUUUCUUCACUGACACAAACUUGGCCAAAGUCAAGGAGAAACGGGGCAUUUUACACAGUGCCCUUGUGCAGAAUUUAAUAUUUAUAAAAAUUCUAGGAUGUAUGACUUCUUGAGCACUGAGGCGAAGAUGAAAACAUCUGGGAUACAUUUCCUGUCUCACUUCAAAUUGCAUAAGAUUUGUAGGAAUGAAUUUGGAAUCUGUUUAGGUCAUGAUGCUUGUUAGUCGUCACAGCCAAGAUAUCGGCUGAUGGUACGAAUGGAAGUGAAAACACAUCCUGAAAACACUAAGUUAUUGGGCGUAUGAAAAGAUUAUAUUGAAGCCAGCACAGGGUCUGACAUAUGACGGUCAUCCUGAGCUGAUGGGUUAUGCCAGAAACUAAAUGUUAAAAAUGGCUGUUUUCAGCAUGUGUUUUAUUGUGUUAACAUAUUUAAUAGUUCACAUGAAGAUGUACAUUUAAUAUUUAAAUGAGCUAAUUAUCAUACUCUGUGGUAUGAUUAACGAUUUAGCCAGGACACUAAGAAACAAUCUUUUAAGGCUUUUACCUAACCAGUGAAGAUUUCUUAUUUAUUGUAGCUGUGCCAACAAAAGUGUGUGUCUUACUGUUAAGACACAGCUAACACUUUGUUGUCUGGCUGUUUGCCACUGUUACUGUAUGUAAACACAGUUGCACCAAGUGAAUAUUAAGUACUUGAAGCAUAUCAGAUUUGCCAUGCUCUAUAUCUUGUUUUAACUGGAACACACUGUCUUUUGGCCUGGGAGAAUGUAAUGAUCCUGUUUGUCAAGAAAUUUCUUUAAAGCCAAGUAUACUGUAAUAUUGUAAACAAUGAUCUCAGUCCAUUUUUUAGACCCACACCAGAUUUCUUCUUGCGUGUUCUUUGCACAGAACAGUUCAAGUGACUAAUGUUGGUGGUUUUCAAGCUUUUAGUGGUUGAAAUGAAGGACUGCAUGUUCCUUGGUGAGUGAGGAUGAUAUACAGCCCUUAUUUUGUUUUCUAGUGUUCAAACAUAUAAGUAGUCAUGAAUCAAAAAUUAAGGAUGUUUAUUUUCAUAAAGAGAAACAUUUUGUAGCUUUUUACAUAACAGCAGUGUCCAUUUCAUGCUGUAAUCACCAAAGUGAAAACAUUUGUUUUAGCUACUCAAUCACAGGAUCCAUGGAUAAACCUUACUGAUGUGGUGUGAGCCUAACAUUCUCACUCCUUUUACACUCCCUCUUCACUGACUGUUUUGUUUAGAUCCUCACCUAUAUUCAAUAGCAAACAGUAGUUAAAAAAUACUCUAAAUACUUAUUUCACCACAAAUACAGAUAUUUUUGAGCCUAUCCUGUUCACAUCCUAUUCUGGCAGAACUACUGUAUAUCACUAUUGUGCAAUCUACUGCAGUAUGGAUGGAUAUUCAAAAUUCCUUAAUUUGUUUUUAUAUAUAUAAAUCUUUUUAUGUCUUAAGAAUAUUUUAUUUCAAACAGGACUAAUGCCCAGGUUUUGAUUGCAAGUCUGUGGUGUAAUGUGAAGCUGAUAAUAUUGUAUGGCUUUAUGUGUAUGUCC